AUGUCCACCCUCGAACCGACGCAGUGUCAUAUCGAUCUUAUUCCUGUGGAAAUUCUCACAGAGAUAUUCCUACACGUCUGCGACGCGCAUACUCCUUCUCACCAGCCAAAGUCUUUGCAAGAGCCCAUCCCUCUAUACAUCAGACCGAUCGACUUGUCCCAUGUCAGCCGUUGUUGGCGCGAUGUCGCACUCGCCUGUGCCCGUCUUUGGACGUGCAUCGUCAUCGCAGACAGGCACGAACAUGAUUUAGAGCGUUUUGAUGUUUUUGUAGAGCGCUCAAAGCAGUCGCCACUGCACAUGUUCAUUUCUUGGACUCCCACAGAAGAUGAUCGACUAGAUCUUGACGCCGUCGACUGGAUGCGUUUCUCCCAGAUCCGCGAUGUUUUUGUGCAUGAGACUCUGGAGAAACUCAUCUCGUCUAGCCAUCGAUGGGCGUCAUUCUUCCUCUAUGUUGAAACUGCAGGGGUGAUGUCCUGCGUUCUGAAGAGACUUUCUAUAGUCGAGGCUCCUCUGCUGAGAGAUGUAACUGUCUGCCAAACGUUCUACAGAGGUGUAGAUGCCUGGUCGAAUGAAGAGGCCAUGUUAGCCAACGAUGAGAGAUGGGUGGAAUGUUUUCCCUUUCCUGCAUGCGACCUGCGGACCUCGUAUCUCGACCAGACGGUGCCGAAUUCCCUCGAUCGUACACCUUACUACCCGAAUCUCCAGUCCUUGACGCUUGACCAUGUCAUCGGGCCGUCCAUCCCUAACUUCAUGCGUUUUCUGGCCACCUUCCCCCUUCUCGAAGCCCUCACCCUACAGAGCUUUCAAUCUGAGACCAUAUAUGGCGGUUUCACCCCCCCUCCUAAUGGCCCUCUCGUCGAGUUGCCUCUGUUGCGCUACUUUUGCAUCAGCGCCCUCCACCCACAAGAUGGUGAAGCCUUGUUUUCCCACCUACGCAUUCCGAACGUCAAAAUCAUGGAUCUUGACUGCGCAAAAAGAGAUAAUCUCCAAUGGGAUACCGCCAUCUCCCUGCUUUCCGCUGUCUAUCCCGAUUCGUCGACGUCGGCACUUGAUUCAGUCCAAGUACUCCGAAUAGGUCAAUUGGAGUGCGACUCUUCACUUCUCCCGUCCUUCUUCCAACGCUUGGCCAACCUUCGAGUUCUUGUUAUCGAUUGCUCCAGCACAGGAUGGGACAAGUUUCUGGUCCAUGUGCAGACUACGCCACACCUUCCUCUUCUCACGACGCUCGUAUGUCCUGGGAUUUCCUAUGAACAGCUAUAUUACCUCGUCGUUGAGAGAACGAUGUCUUCCUUCCCCAUUCAACACGUGUUCGUCACGAUGGAUACAAGGAUUUCGAGACACGCCGUUGUUUCAAACCUAAGGACUGUGGAGGUUUUGGAGGAGCUCCCGUCUUCAGAGGAUGGCCAAAUCGAUGCUUCGCUAGGCGACUUGGUGACGGCGUAUCUUAGAGUCGGGGAAUAACGCGGUCCUCU